AUGGGUCAGAGUAACGGCAAGCCCGUGGUGUUCACCGACCAAGUGAACCUCAACCACUUCCGGCUGCUGCGCGUCGUCGGCAAAGGAGCCUUUGGCAAAGUGCGCAUCGUCGAGCGUAAGGACACCGGCCUCACAUUUGCGCUCAAGUACAUAAGAAAAGAUGAAGUCGUACGGUCAGAGAGCGUGCGAAAUAUCAUUCGAGAGCGGCGGAUGCUCGAGCAUCUCAACCAUCCUUUUCUCUGUAACCUGCGUUACAGCUUCCAGGACAUUGAGUAUCUAUACAUAGUAGUCGAUCUCAUGAACGGCGGCGACCUGCGAUUCCACAUUUCGAGAAAGACGUUCACCGAGGAGGCAGUGCGUUUCUGGAUGGCUGAGCUUGGAUGCGCCGUGCGCUACAUCCACCAGCAGGGCAUAGUGCACAGGGACAUCAAGCCUGAUAACGUGCUGCUGGACUCAGACGGGCACGUUCAUCUGGCAGAUUUUAACGUUGCUUCAGAUUUCACCCCUUACAAACCGCUCACCAGCAAGUCUGGAACACUCGCAUACCUCGCGCCUGAAGUAUAUGAGGGCAGGGGAUACUCGUGUGAGGUCGAUUGGUGGUCACUCGGUGUACUCUUUUACGAGUGCAUUUACAACAAGCGACCUUUCGAAGCCAGCAGCCAUGACUCUCUCGCCGCGAAGAUUUCCAAGGGCGAACCCACCUAUCCCGUGACCAGCCCUCCCGUAUCGAUGCCCUGUCUCCACGCCAUCAGCUCACUAUUGGAGAAAGACCGCAAGAGGAGAAUUGGUGCCAUCGGGUUCGAAUCGUUUAGCGAUAACCCAUUCUUCCGUCCCAUCGAUUUCAUUGCACUGGAGGCUAAGGAGAUCACUCCCGUUUUCAUCCCAUCGAGCGACAAGACGAAUUUCGACGCCACAUACGAUCUCGAGGAGUUGCUUUUGGAAGAAGCACCGCUCGAGGCACGUGCUCGCAGGCAGAAGCCCAGAGAAGCACUGAAGGAUGACGCAACAGAGGCUGAGAUACGGGCGGAGGAACUGCACAAGAUGAUCGAGACACUGUUUGAGCCUUUCAACUACACUGUGGUCGCAGAUCAGCGGCCUGUAGCUGUGGUGGUCGCAGAUCCUAAUGACUCUACAGGUGGAUCAAGGGCCAGCAAUCAGAGCAACAGCGAUCAUACACCGGUCCCAGUUGCCGUUCAACAAGAUCCGUGGGGCCGCCCAUUGGCCACGCAGCGAUCUCAAGAGGGCGAUCUCCACCCUACACGUUCAACAACAAUGACCAACCCACGAUCCACAACACACUCGCCGAACGGUAGCCCUCCACUAGCUACUGCCAACUUGAAUCGAGGCAACAAAUCGACGACAUGCUCGCAAGCGUCGCAGCGUGGAGAGCGUGCAGAUUACUUCCCCGCUGAGCCUACCGAGCCUACGCCACCGUCGUUCUCACGGCCCAUGAACAGUCGUCCGCGUGGAUCGCAGCGCAGCACAAGCAUGGGUGGAGGCGUACAGGUGGUUCUCGACGGUACUGGAUCAUGGUCCGAAAUGGCUAACCAGAGCUCUGCGCUUGUACAGAACACGCAGACCGAAAAACCAUCAGGCAUGCUGGGCUUCCUCAGUCGAAAGAAAGGCCGGGACAGGAGCCCGAAGGCGAAAGAGAGGGGCGUGCUCGGCAAAGAAGGUGCGCGAGUCAUCAUCAGUAACACCUGA